CCCAUGACGUACACAUGUAGGCCGGUGAUGAGCAACAAUUCCAUUCAUUGUGUUUAUUAAUAAGUACUGAACGAGGAGAUGGGAUUGUCAUUUUCAUACAAGUGCAUCAUCUAACGAGUCAUUCAUCCCAAGAAGCAAGAUUUCGACUCUGCCUCCUUUACAUUGAUUAAUUUAAUUAAUUAUGGCAGCUCAAGAAGUACGUCGAGCAUCUAAACCAUCACAUAAUGGUGGGAUGCAGAGCCGAGGGAGAGGAAAGCGUUCAAUGAGCCGGAUCCAAGGAGGAUGGGCCCCCGAAGUUCAGGUCCCAGGACGAGGCCAGACAAGAGGAAGGGGCGGAGGUGUCAUGCCCAAGAGAGGGAGGGGGUACCCACCUCUAAUGCAAGGCAACUUUCGUCCCGGCCCUGCACACCAGUCCCUAGAGCCCCCCAGCAACGACCCUCAGCCAUAUCCCCCUGGCCUGAAUCCCAAUGCGCCAGUUUUUGAACCAAAGAGUGGAGGUGGCUCUCAUCACCACCAACAGACUUCAGAUCAGGGGAACCCUGGACAAAAUGCUUCCCAAUGCUACAUCGGUCAGCCGCAGGAUUUGAGGCACCAGCGGUACGAGUAUAUCCCACCUGAAGAAGAAGUCAGCAUCUCACAGGCUAAAAAACCAAGAAGAAUAGAGGUAGACGGGGAGCAUACAAUCAGUGAAGGACCGUCUGGCUUAUCACACAUAGUGCUUUUUAAGAAUUUUUUAAGCAAGGAGGAGGCUGAUGAGGCUCUCUGCCAACUUGACGAGGAAAUUGACUUCAAACAACAGAUAAACAAAAACAGAGCAGGACAGGACUACCUAGAGCCUCGCCUUGUUCGCUGGUAUGGAGAGCACCCUUAUGCAUACUCUAAAGUCAGGAUGGAAGCCAAUGAAGAGUGGCCUCCAACACUUCUACAAUUGAAGAUGAAAAUAGAGCAUGAAAUGUCGAUGACCUUCAACUCAGUGCUCUGCAACAAGUAUCGGAGUGGCAAAGAUGGGGUGGCUUGGCACAGUGAUGAUGAAUACGGCCUGCGAGAACAACCAAAAAUCGCAUCUUUGUCACUUGGCCAGACAAGGAUGUUUCAAAUGCGCAAGAAACCUGCGAAGGGGUGCAACCCAUAUGAUUACGAUUAUUCCGAAAGUGAGAAGUUGGAGAUUCCUCUGACCCACGGAACCCUACUACUAAUGACAGGAUACACACAGGAUGACUGGCAGCAUCAGAUUCCCAAGGAGUACCAUGAGAGAGAGAUGCGCAUCAAUUUGACCUUCCGGACGAUAUACCCAGACGAGAGACACACAAGAGCAACCCCUUGUCUUAAAGGUAACAAGAAGACGCAGAAUCAAACCAAGGCUGCAAGAUAGAUUCAAAUUGCGGGAUGCUGUUAUCCUGUAUCAGUUUUCAGAAGUGGUGUUGCUUUAGUGUCGUUUAUUGAUGCUUAUUAUACAUGACACAGUAUACUCUUUGCCUUCCUUUUGCCUGUGGAAAAUUUAUUUUACAUAGCUGAAAUCUUUUGUCAAUUCUGAUAAAAAAGCGAUAAAUACUCAGCCUUAGAAGCUUGUAAUUUAUGCUUACUGUAGAUCUUUAUAUUUUAGCAUGUGUGCAAUAUAUUUUUGAUGUGUACACGUACAUCUGUGCUCAUCAAUUGAAUUUGGAUUUGAGGUGGAAAUUAAUAUUUUCACAGCGCUGAGGAUGGUACGUUUGAUGAACACAAACAUUUGUCAUUUAGAUGAGGCCAUUACUAGCUAAUUCAUCUGCUUGUAAAUCUAUUAUCCUGUGUGGGAUCUUGCUAUUUAUGCCAAAGGCUUCCCUUCUGGAAACCAUUUUACUGGGCUCUUCUUGGACUUUUCUUGUGUCUAAUCUGCAGCACGGAGUAAUACUGUACGCGUACAUGUACACAUUUUCAGUGGACAGAAAAACUGUCGUGUAAAUUAGUAAACUGUAUCAUUAUGGGCUCUGGAAAAACUUGUGAAGAAAUUAUUGUGCUUGAUGAGAAACAUACAUUUUUAUGCAAAAAGCUAGCGGUUAUGCUUGUUUAGUUGAAAACUGGGUUUGUACAUGUCCAGUCAACUUUGUGCAUGUUGACCGUUACACAAACUUGACUUGUCUGAAUUUUGGUUUUGAAGGAAGAGAAGUGCCAUCAAUACAAUCAAUACGUUCCCUUGAAGUAUGACAUACAUUCAGGGAUGAAUUGUUUGCCCAUCUAUCCACUGUAAAGUGGUUUGAAUGUUCAUAAAACCCCCAAGUAUGCAGUUGUAUUCUGGUGGAUUUUGUGGGCAUGCGUUCAGAGUACAUACAGUACAGUGACAUUCUCUCCUUACGCAGCAGAGGCAUUCUGGUGGCACAAGCUUAGCAAAAGUCCCUCUAACAUGUCUAACAUGACCAUUCACCAAGGGUGGGUUGUGUUUGUGGUCAAAUGUUGCAUAUUGCAUUUAUCUAAACACUCAGGCUCAUUGGAUGCUGUUACUGAAGAUGACGUUUAUGGUAUGGUAAAGCAACAUCAUCCGUUGGGAGGAAAAUGUCAUGUGUGCUUAUUACAGCUUCAUGCAAGCUUGCUGCAGGGCAUGUGCCGCCAAUUUCUGUUGGAAUGUACAGUCUUUGCAUGCACGCCCAGACCUAAGAUGAAAUUUCCCCACCAGUCCAGCUCUUCUUCCCUGGUUAGGGGGUCUUUCAGAGUGGAUAACUCUCUCUGUGGUUUUCACAUACUCCAAAAGAAAUUCUCAAUAUGAAAGCUAGAAGAGUUAAAUUCACAUUUUGAAGGCUCAAAAGGAACUUAAAACUGCAAGCACAGGGACGGGAAUGUCUGUAGUGGUGUGGAUUAGCCUCAGGAUCUCACGUCAAAUGCAAAUUAAGGCUCCAAUGGAUGCAUGUCAAGAGCCCCCACCCACAACCACCAGCCCCCCAAAAUGGGAUGAUGAAAAACAGCUGGAUAGGUUGGAGGGUAAAUGGAUGAAAAUGGCUAAUUCUAAGAUAAUCCCUUGGAAAUGAUCCCCCCCCCACACACACGUUUGAUUUGUUACUCAGCUACAUGUUUUGUUGAAUGCUUUAACUGCCUUAAGUGCUUCCUGUUUUGUCUUGAAGUCUCUUGAGAUGGAUAUAUCAUUUGCACUGACUGACUCUAACUCUUUGUUGCAAAAGAAAUAAAAUUUAUUUUUGCAUGUUACUAAAACAGCACCAGGGAAGUAACCUCCACCAGAAAUGCCACGUGAAAAGACUUGUGGAAUAUGCUUUAAGUACAUUGCCGUAUAAAAAAAUUAGAUAAGUUUUACUUGGACUAAAAUUUUCAUCACCAUUUAUUUACUUAACUGCUUAUUUCCUUGAUUUAUGUGUAUAAUUUUAUGACCACGGCUUUGUAAUCUGCAUAAAAAUUAACUUAGAGAAAUGUCUCGUGCAAAUUAAAGAAUAUCUACAUAGUUAUGGGCAAAUAUUAAGUUACAUGUGUUCAAUUUAAGUUACGAUAUAAUGCCAUAAUGUACACGUGUCUAUAUUGUACCAUACCAAUCAAGCUAUUAAACAGUAGUUUAACCCUUCACAUA